AUGCCUGCUGGAUCAAUUAAGAGAAAAGUUUUAUUCUGUGUUCUUAAUUGGACCACUGGAUUUUGCUGGCAGUUUCAAUUUGCUGCGUUACGUUCCUUUCUUGUCUGGUUGGUAUUUAAAAUUGAAAACAUAAGAUUACGUGCUGUCCUAGUGAUUUCUGGUGAAUAUUGUUUGGUCUCUUGCUCAGACAAAUAUUCACUACAGGGGUGUUACAGAAUUGCAAAUGGUUUGUGAGAAGUGUAAGUUGAAUUUUCACUGUUGAUUUUAGAUUACUAGGCGAGAAAAAGCUGGGAAAGGUAAUCACGCCGGAUCCUUGGAAGGCAGGUGCACGGAACACGGUCAGUGGAGGUGGGAAGAAGCUAAAUGAAAAUAAGCUACUAACAAGUUCGAAGAAUCGCUUUAGUCCAUAUUCUUCUUCAUUUCCGCGGUGCAGAAUAUGUGCCCAAACUGUUCAUCAGGCAGGUUCACAUUAUUGCCAACAAUGUGCAUUCAAAAAAGGUAUCUGUUCCAUGUGUGGUGUGCGUUUAGUUAACACAACACGCUAUAAUCAAUCAGCUGCCUAGAUAAUUUAACUGUAUGUUUUAUAAAAUGUGUAUUAUCAUUUGUACCUCUUCUUUUCCACUGAUAAUUUAUACAAGUAUUAACUACAAAUAUUCAGUAGUCUCUUUUUUGUCGAAGCAUUUCAGAAUUUGAUUUUGUGGUCAGAG